AUGUCCGCGCUGCGUCUCGCGUUAUGGCGCAAGCCCCUGCGCCCCGCGUCCCCUCUGCCCACCGACGAUGCCUCGUCCACCCCCACCGUCGAGAUGCGUCGUACACUCGGCCUCUUUGACCUCAUCAUGGUCGGCAUCGGCGGCACCGUCGGCUCGGGCGUCUUUGCCGUCGCUGGGCUCAUUGCCAGUCGCUACGCCGGUCCCGCCGCUCCUCUCUCGUGGCUUCUUGCCGGUCUCGGCUGUCUCUUGAGCGGCUUGAGCUUCAUGGAGCUCGCGUGUCUCCUCCCUACAGCCGGCAGCACCUACGCCUACGCGUACCACGCGCUAGGCGAGCUCCCCGCGCUCAUUGCCGGCUUCCUCUUGACGCUCGAGUACGGCGUCUCAAGCGCCGGCGGGGCCCGCAGCUGGAGCACGAAAGUAUCGCACUUAGUGGAAUCGUACGUAAGCGAAAAUAGCGCCCCGUCGCUGCACCCUUCAACAUCGCCGUCCACAGUCAAGGUUGAUGUGUGCGCCGGUCUCUUGACCGCCACGUGCAUGGCCGUUGGUCUCUGCGGCAUGGACACGAACAAAGUCCUCGUGAACGUCGUGACCAUGGCCAAGAUCACGGUCGUGCUGUUCAUCAUAGUCGUGGGUCUGUGGCACUUUCAGGCGUCGAAUCUCGUCCCGUUUGUCCCGGCUGAGCGCAUGGUCACUAUUCCGAAUAGUGACCCUGCCACGAAGUACGCUGCUUUUGGCUGGCCCGGUGUCCUCGUCGGAGCUUCAGCCAGUUUCUAUGGCUACAUUGGCUACGAUGAAGUAUGUUGCCUUGCAGGUGAAGCCAAAGACCCGGCCAAGAACAUCCCACGUGCUAUUGUCGGCACGAUCGUUGGGGCCGCGACGCUCAGCAUCCUCGCGACAAUGGCGCUCGUGGGCAUGCAAACGUACACGGCUAUUGACGCCGACGAAGCAUUUGGUACUGCUUUUACGAGCAUUGGACUGCCCUGGGCCGCGUCCUUUGUCGCUGUGGGUGAAGUGCUGACGAUGCCCAUCACGUCGUUCAUUGCGUUUCUGGCGCAGCCACGGGUGCAAUACGCCAUGGCAAAGGACGGACUGCUGCCCAAAGUGUUCGCAGACGUGGACGGCAAUGGCACGCUCUUUCGUGGCACGUUGUUGAGUGGUAUGGGCGCGACGGCGCUGGCUUUGUUUGUGCCUUUUAACGUGCUCUGGAACGUCAUUUCGCUCGGGAUUCUCGUUGCGUUUAAUUUAACCAAUAGUUCGCUUCUCAUGGUUCGAGCUACAACGAGCUCUAACGUGCAGGAGAGAGGUGCGGAGGAGGAAGCGACGCCGCCAAAGUAUUCGCCUGGUGCGAUGAUUGCAGCGUACCUGGUCUUUUCAUUUCUAGCUGCGGUUCACUGGCAGAAAGGAGUCGUUGCGAGCGUUUCGCUCUCGGCGACAACGGACACUGUGAUGUUUGAUCGCUAUAUGCAGACUGUGGGACCAUAUGCUGCUGCUCUCUUUUCGAUGAUUGCUAUUGCACUCAUGUUUGCGCUGAGUGACGUAGAAACGAAACAGAAAACUGUUGCUGCAAAGGCACGCGCUGCGCGUGCAGAUGCUGACGCUCCAGGUGCUGGAGCAACUGAUUUGCCGCUAAAGAAGUCUCAAGGCUCUCUUGUGACGGAUGAAGACAGCUGCCGUCUUCGGAGCGGCUCUUUCGAUCAAGACAAUGGCGAGAAGGACAUAAAAAUGGAAGAUGGUGAGGCUGAAUGUCAGCGUAAGCUAUCUGAAUCAAUGUCUUGCCCCGAACAAGACCGAUCGCUCUGUAGUGGGGCCUCAGAGGAUACCAGCGAGAGCAGUGGCGAUACGGUUUCAUCGUCUGGCGCUAGCGUCGGAGAAGACAGAGCUGACAAAGUGGUUUCGACGUUUCGAGCCCCAUUCGUGCCUUUCGCGCCGUGUGUAGCUAUCUUUUUCAACUGGUUCUUGUUUGCUCAGAUGGACGGUAUGAGUGUAUUGCUUAUUGUAGUCUGGUUGCUACUAGCUGUGGCCGUGUACUUUGGAUACAGCCGCCACCAUAGCCUGGCCUUCCAGCAGACCCAGUACCGCCAGCUUGCGUUGCAAGAGAAGUCAUGA